AUGCACUGUCUGGGGCCUUUCGAACUUUGCGCCCUCUGCGGCGCACCUUCACCACAACUCCUGCGUUUGAGAGAGCCAACAUAUACAAGAAACAAACGAAGAAGCUUGCCAAACAAGCAAAAGAAACAGGAGUAUGAGUGCAUGAUUAUCUCUAUACGGCCAUAUGCUGAUGCUGCCCACGUACAUCACAGGCUCGUCAAUAAUUUCCCGCAACUCGUCACAAGUAUACUCCGAGAAAUGAAAGAAUCUGAUUUGUUGAAUUCAGAGACAAGUGACGAGCUGUGGAAACGUUUCGAGCGCUAUGUUCUAAACGCCUGUCAGGUUUCUGAAAAGCGUGAAAACACUAAACAUGGCUCUUUGCUCAACGCGAAGCGCGCAAUGACAAAGGCUUAUCUUAAAGACGGCCUUGGAGGGCUGAGACGUGAACUGGAGAAUCUUUUGUAUGCGCACGAUCUGGAUGCACGGUAUUCGGAGCCCUACUUGGAACAGCAGCAGAAGAUCGCGGACCUGCGGUAUCCCGCCGAGUGGUACCCUCAAGCGCGGGCCAUUCAGCGGACAAUCCAUUUACACGUCGGACCAACAAACUCAGGAAAGACAUACCACGCCCUAAAACGGCUGGAGUCAUCAAAAAGCGGUUUCUAUGCAGGACCUUUGAGGCUCCUUGCUCAGGAAGUCUAUCAUCGAUUCAAAUCAAGUGGAAUUCCAGUUAGUCUUGUUACAGGCGAUGAAGUGAGAUUAUCCGAGGGCGAAAAAGCGGUAGUCGUGAGCAAUACAGUGGAGAUGGUCAAUCUAGGGCAAACAUACGAAGUAGGUGUGAUCGACGAGAUCCAAAUGAUAGCCGAUCCGAGGCGCGGCUGGGCAUGGACUCGUGCACUGUUAGGUGCCAAGGCUACAGAGCUUCACCUUUGUGGAGAGACCAGAGUGGUGCCCUUGAUUCGACAGCUUGCAGCUCUUGCUGGAGACAAGCUUGUGAUCCAUCGCUAUGAACGGCUGAACCCCUUGAAGGCUAUGAACAAGAGUUUGAAAGGAGAUUUGACAAGUCUCCAAAAAGGGGACUGCAUCGUCUCAUUCUCCCGAGUUGGGAUCCACGCAUUGAAAGCCGAUAUCGAAAGGAAAACAGGCCGACGGGCUGCUAUUAUCUACGGCGGAUUGCCCGCUGAAAUCCGCACCCAGCAGGCAAGCCUGUUCAAUGACCCCAAUAAUGAUUAUGACUUCUUGGUUGCCAGCGAUGCCAUUGGCAUGGGUCUGAAUCUGAGCUGCCGACGGAUCAUUUUUGAGACUGUUGUGAAGACUCUCCCUUCAGGACUUAAAAGACUCACCGUCCCCGAGAUUAAACAAAUCGGUGGACGCGCUGGCCGCUAUCGCUCAGCAGCGCAGCACGGAAAAGACCAUCAGCAGGACAAUGACAAUGACAAUGUCGGUUACGUUACCUCACUUGAAGAAGUCGACCUUCCUUACAUCCAAGAAGCGCUGAACACUGAGCCACCACCAAUUAGUGCAGCAGGCAUUAAUCCUCCCGACUCUGUUUAUGAGAAAUUCGCAGCCUAUUUUCCUAGCAACGCAUCACUCGCGUACAUGGUCAAGCGGUUAACGGAGAUUGCCAGAAUCAAUAACUUGUUCUUCAUGUGCGACCCCAGCCCAAACCUGGAAAAUGCGGAGAUCAUUGAUGCCGUACCUGGCCUGCAUUUUGUGGACCAGCUAACCUUUAUGGCCGCGCCCAUGAACCCACGAGAAGAGCUCGGACGCAGAGUAGCGAUGGCAUUCGAGCGCUGCGUUCUCGAACACACGAACGGCCGGCUCUUGGAUAUUGAGGAAGUCAAUCUCGAAAUCCUCGAAGAACCUGUAUCUGGAAACAAGGAGUAUAUGCAUAAGCUUGAAGGCCUGCACCGAUCUGUUAUUCUCUACACUUGGCUCAGUUAUCGGUUCGGAGGCAUCUUUACAGACCGCACUCUGGCUGUGCACGUGAAAGAACUCGUGGAAGAAAGAAUGGUCAGAGCAUUGACAGAAUUCUCUGCCAACAAGAAGCUCCGGAAGAACGCUUCUCUGCAUCGCCAGAUCGCAAUGCAGAAGCAGCUCCGUCUACAGCAGGAGUUCUUGAAAGCCAAUGGAGACGCAGACCUUGACCUGUCAGAAUCAGAGGAACAAUACUCCCCCGAUACCAUGAACGCAUCCGACAACGAGGACGCCGCUGAGACAGAUAUCACCACUGACGAAAACGAUUUCGAGGCCGAGUCAACACUGAAUGGCGGGACGCGCGAGAGCAAGGACGCCGCUGAGACAGACAACCCCGCCAACAAUGACUAUCAAGACCAACAGCAAGAAACAAGUGACACCACACUAAAUAGCGAAGGAUCAGCUGAGCAUGAUCCACCGGCUCGUGAUGCGUUAGAGGAAGAGCCUACAUCGGGUGACGCCACGCCUGAAAGGAAAGAGUCUGCUGAAUAUGAUCCAACGGUUCGCAAUGAGGACGAGCCAGCGCGGAAAGCUGCCAACAACUGA